UUAAAGUGCGCGCCGUCUCGCCGCCGCCGCUCACUCCGCAGACGCGCCGUUCUGCCGAGAGGCCGCAGACCGAUGUUCCGAUUUCAGUCCCUUGAUGAAGACUGUACUUUGGAGGAGGAAGAGGAGGGACUGGUAGAAGAGGAGGAUGACAUCGAUCAGUUCAACGAUGACACCUUUGGUGCAGGGGCCAUCGAUGACGACUGGCAGGAGGAGCACAAGCGUCUCGCUGAACUUGAUGAGCGGGAUGGAAUCGGGGCAGGGCUGAGUUUGGGGAUAGGAGGAGAAACGGAUAUCAGAGGAGCAGGGGAUGCACCCUCCGUACAUCUUCCUCCCCCUGCUGGCCAGCUUCCCGUCCCGUCCACCCUCCCGGCCUUUAACCUCUCCUCUUCCUCCUCCUCCUCUUCCUCCGCACAGCCUCCACCAGGUCUGGAGGACCGGGGAGGUGGCGGUGACCUUGCAGAGUCCUUGGCUAGGCUCAUCCUAGGGACUGACCCUGCCAUUGCUGGGGUUGGGGCAGCAGCGACCCCUGGUUCUUUGCCAGGGGGCCCACCAAGGUCCAGUCUGUCUGCUCUGCCUGGCUUGGAUCAAACCAGGGGCCUGCUCCAACCCCCCUCCAUGCCACAUCUUCCUCAGCCUCAUCAACCUCCCCGUCAUCCCCAGCACCAGAUGCCUGCUGGGCCCUCCACUUCAGGCCUCCCUCCAAGCCCCACCACCACAUCCAUGCUCAGUUACCAGCAGCAGCACCACUUACUGUGCAGAGGUGGAGCUCCAAUUGGCCAGAUCAACUCUCACAGUAUCUGGGAGAACAGUAUGGGUUUUGGACCUGUCAGCGUCACCCCUGGAUUAGUCACCCACAUGGAGGAUGGUUCACUGAUGUCCAUCAUCAAAGAAGCUGGCCUUCCGAAGCGGCCUUCACAAAUCAGAAACGACGAGGGGCGGGACUUGUCGGAGAGGGUUCUUCCCCCACGGUCUUCCUCCCCCGUGAUUGGUUCCCCUCCUGUGAGAGCAGUGCCGAUUGGUACUCCGCCCAAGCAGCCAAUCAGCCACACCCUUAAUCAUCAGAUCCACCAUCCCACGGCGGUUCAUGUGAGAGCCCCCGUCCAGCACAGAUACCCUCCUCCUUUCCCUGAGCGUCUGUCACCCAACACCCUCCUCAAUUUAGCUAACUCUCCACUGUGUCGCGGUCCGUUCCCUCCUGGUGUCGGACCGGUUCUGUCUCAGAUCCAGCGAGCCCAGCUGCUCAACUCUCAGGUGGCAGGUUUUCGUCAGGGAGGCCCUGCCCCUCCCUUGUUGCCGGGCGCUGGUGGUUUCAGGCCGUUCUUCGGGGUGCCCCCUCCUCCGCACGGUCAUCGGAUGGGACCGCCACAUCCCCAUGUCCCUCCUGCCCGCCACAACACCACCCACCUCCACCCUCAGCACCGCCGUAUGCUCACCCAGCGCAUGCAGAGCAGGGGAGGAGGUGACCGUGGAAGGAUAGGCGGUGACAGGCGGAGCAGGGACCCCUACAGUAACCUGAUGACCCAAAGAGAGAAGGAAUGGGUGGCCAAGAUCCAGAUGAUGCAGCUUCAAAGUACUGACCCUUACCUGGAUGACUACUACUACCAGAACUACUAUGAGAAAAUGGAGAAGCGUCAGGAGAGGGAGAGAGACAGCAGUAAGAAAGAGCACACCACCAAGCUCAUCACCCCGCAGAUUGCCAAGGUUGAACACACCUACAGACCAGUUCAGUUUGCAGGCUCUUUGGGUAAGCUGACCGUGUCCAGCGUCAACAAUCCCCGCAAGAUGAUCGAUGCUGUGGUGACUACUCGCACCGACGAUGAGGAGAAGAGAGAGAAGCAGGUGUGGAACAAGAGGAGACAGAUCCUUUACACUGUAGAAAAGAUGUACAGCUUGCUGCUGGAGGUGCAGGACUUCGAGAAGCGGUUCCUCCACACCCCCGAGGAGGAGAGAGACGCGCUGCUCGAGCGGCACAAGACGAACACUCUGCAGCUCUGUAACUCACUGCGGGAGAAGGAAUGGGAUGACAGAGUGAGCGAUGAGCAGUGUGUGAUGAUCAUGUCUGUGCGGAAGGGCAAGCGGCUGGUCUCCAGGCUCCUCCCCUUCCUUCCCCUGGCUCAGGCCACUGCCGUUGUCAUGGCAAUUGCUCGCAAUCUUCCAGCUCUGGCUAAGAAAGACAAGCAGGACCAGGUGCUGUGCUGGUUGGUGGAGCCGGUUGCCGUGGUGAUCCAGUCGUUGUCAAGCCCCGCCCUCACAGACUUGCUGCAGGAGCUUCAAGGCAGUGAGGGUCAGCUGGCCACAGUCCUGCACAACAAGUUUGGUGUAACUCUGCUGUAUCUGAUCCUGAGUGAAGGAGAGCGGAUGCAGAGCUCGGACCCCAACUGCCAGCUCAUGGACGACAACCGAUGGACGGAGUUGGCAUUCUCUGUCACGCGGGAGCUACUGAGCGUUCCCUCGUCCUCCCUGUCGCCGCCCCUCUUCACACCGCCGAACCUCCUCUCCCUCUUCUCACGGCACGUCGACAGGCAGAGGCUGGAUCUGCUGCAGGACAAGUUACAGAUCUCCUUGUCCAGGUAGAAGUUACUACAGACACCAAGAAGACCCCCACCCGCCCCACCAUUCCUACUUCACGCAGCCCUUUGUGUGUGUGUGUGUGUGCGCGCGCGCAUGUGUGUGUGUACAUAAGUGUGUGUACCUGAGUGUGUGUCUGCGCAUGUAUUUAUGUGUAGGGGGGUGGUUGUGUAUCCUUGAUACACACCUCGGGUGGAUAAUGAUUUUACUACAGCAGAAUCUUUAGUCACUUUUGUUUUUCUUUGUGUUUAGUCUCAUGUGUGUGUGUGCGUGUGCAUGUGUGUGUGUGUGUGUUUGUGAGAGAGAAAUUGAAUGACUGAGGCUGAGCAAGUGAGACUGUUCAAGCAGAGAAAAACGAAAUCUGCAUUUUUAAAUAUCUUGUUUACGACAAUGCCUGUGAUAAACCAUCAAAUUAAAAAGUAUUUCUA